GUGUUUGGCGCUAGAGUAUAUUAUAUAAAAAUGGCGCUUAUACAUCGAAUUAAUUUAAAUUUUGGAUUUGUAUUAAAUACAUUUUAUUGUAAAUGUAUAGUAAACAUAAAAAGAUGUAAAACAGAAUAUAAUAUUAAAAAUCAGGCAAAUAUCAAGCAUGGUGAAAAUAAAUAUAUGACGUUUGAACAGAUGCUUAAAUUUAGACAAAUUCAAGCAAAAAGAUCUAUUUUAGUAAAGGUAGCAGAAAAUCAUAUUCAUGAUUUGGAAAAAUUUUGUACAAAAUAUGUGAAUAUUCAGAAAAUAUUUUUUUAUAAUACAACAAAUGAUAAAUGUUUUGUAUUAUUAGAAUUGAUAACAGAGAAAGAUGUGGAAAUUUUUAGAAAGUUAGCUUCAUGUAAGAUAAAUCCAAAUUAUGCUCAUUCUGUUACACCAUUAUUUUUGUAUAAAACUAUAAAUAUGUUAAAUAAUAAUAAGUUAUCAAAAAAUUCAUCCAUAUUUAAACCUCCUAGCGCCAAUCAAGUCAAAGAAACAUUAGAACGUAAAAACUCUGUAUCGGAACAAAUGGUUUCUCUUUACAAUAUGUUAAAAAUUACAGAUUUAGAUACUAGGUUAAGGUUUUUUACUGCUGAACAAAUUUCUUAUUAUUUAUCUAGAUUAUUUACCAAUUUAUCUGUCAUACCAUUUGGAUCCUCUGUUAAUGGUUUUGGUCAAAUAGGAUGCGAUCUUGAUUUAUUAUGUAGAACAUGCAUUUUUAAUGUAAAUAAUUCUUCAAAAAGAUUUUUGUAUAUGACACAACCUGUUCAUCUUACAGAAAGGAAUGAACAGAAAGAAUUCUUGGAUGCAAUAGGCACAAUAAUGAAAAUAUGUAUUCCUGGUAUUACCGAUAUAAGAAAGAUUCUUGAAGCACGAGUUCCUAUAAUUAAAUUUUUUAACCAAAAUACAAAUAUGUAUUGUGAUCUUAGUAGCACAAACGUAGUUGCGUUACAUAUGUCUGAAUUGUUAUAUGCAUACGGAGAAAUGGAUUGGCGUGUUAAACCACUUAUUUUCACUAUUCGUAAAUGGGCAAGAAAUAUGAAUGUAACAAAGGAAAUUUCAGGGCAAUGGAUCACGAAUUUUUCACUUACUUUGUUAAUUUUAUUUUAUUUACAAAUAAAAAAUAUAUUACCUUCUCUAAAUACAAUAAACUAUUACACAAAAAUAUCGAAAAAAGAUUGGUAUCUUAAUUGGAAAAAUUCUAUAAAAUAUAAUGAUAAUGACUCUUUAUAUAAUCUCUUAUAUGGAUUUUUCGAAUAUUACAGUAUUUUUGAUUUUAAAAUGCAAGCAAUUUGCAUAAAGGAAGGAAAAGUCAAAUUGAAACAAGAUUCAUCACCGCUUUAUAUUUAUAAUCCAUUUGAUAUAACGUUAAAUGUUAGUAAAAAUAUCACGAUAUUUGAAUUAGCGCGUUUGAUAGACCACUUUCGAAAAGCAUUGCAAAUAUUAAUAGAAUCAGAUGAAAAGAAUGCUAUUAUCGAAUUAAUUAAUUUGAAAUCAUUGAAAUCGACACAGAUAGAGCAUAUGUGGAAUUAUGAAAGUGACACAAAAUCAAAUGAAAUUGAUAAUAGCAUUAAAAAAAAUAAUGAUAAAAUUGAGCAAACACAAUUUGUUGAAAAAGAAUCUUUAAACGAAUCUAUAAACAAUGUCGACAUUAAUGUUUUAAAAACAAUAGAAAAGAAUUUAAUAAAGUAAUAAUAAAUAU